AAACAAUAAGACUAGGCAAUGAAUGCAGAAGAAUAUGUCACUUAUGAACGCUUUUAUACACUUAAUAAACAAAGUACCAGUGAGUCGUGUGUGAUGGCAACUUCUCGCAGUAGUGUGUUUUACGAUUUGGACAGUGUCGCCAAGAGAAAUUCUUACAGCUACUCAGCCAUAGGUCUAUCGACGUUUAACAUAUUCAGGGCACUUAACAGUAAAGGCAACGAGUGGCCAAGAGCACCUGAGUCUGUACAUAUUGUUCAGGAAUGCACUACACACAUUAAAUCCAAUUUAAAUACAUGCGAUGAAAAAGAAGAAUAUUUAAAUACGGAAAAAAAUGAUUUUCUCCGAGAAUGUGGUCGGUCAUCAGGAAUAUGUUUGAAAGAUAGUAUUGAAGACACUGAAAGUAGUAGUGACCCGAAUGGUCCUCAAAUUACACAUUCUAUGGAUACUAAUACUAGAAUUAGAAAUCAUAUCACAUAUCAGACCGAGCAGCUCAAAGUAGAAGGUCAUAAAACAAGAAAAAAAGAUCACGAUAAACGCAUUAAAGAUUCAUAUCUUACAUCUCAUACAGCAACUAAGGUCAAAACAAGCGAGUCUGUAGUUGCAACAACUGCAACCUACAAAGAAAAAGUAAUAACAAACAUGUCGUCCAUGAAUAAAACUCAUUUGAAAAUGGAGGAAAAACUUACAUGCAUGAGCGGCGAUGGACUAGGCGAAAAAUAUACAGCUAACCUUUCAAAACAUGACCCGUCUUGUAUUAUAAUUUUGGAUGAAUACGAUAUUGCAAAAAUGAGUCAUAGUCAGAUAUCAGAUUCCCGCAAAAGUAGAGCCAGGCUCGUUAAUGUGGUAACAAAUAAAAUUAGAGUGAAACCAAAAAAAGUACGGGCUGUGAGGUGUCCUAACUGUCAUGGACAUAUAGAAUUGGCUGUCAGUAUAGAAGAUGAAGCGAGUACAAGAGUUCAAUCCAAAACGGAUCGUAAAUCGGAAACUGAGUUCACCUAUAUGGCGGCCUCAAAAGACACAUAUCAUCCAAUAAUUGAAAUUCCAAAAGAAUGUCCACAUGGAUGCGAGAUGGUACCACUUUGUCAAAUACUACCCAAAGUAAAUUUUGACGCGUCUAGUAUAAAGCAGAAUAUCCGCACGAAAACGACGACGCCUCGCUACAUUAAGAUGACUAAAGCCUGUAGACAUUAUCCUCCAUGCACUGCAAUCCCUUCAUGUCAAAGGAACAAUGUUAUAAAAGCCAAUUAUGAGUGCAUCCCACCUUGCAGCCAUAACCCUCGGUGUGUUAAUCUGCCCCUAUGCAUUUCAUUUUGUAAAAACAUGCAGUAUGACGAAACCAGAAAACAUUACGUAGAUAGAGAGGAAAUUUCAAAAAAUCGCUACAUUCCUGCAUUUCAAUAUUUGCCUGUAAGUCAAUAUAAACUACUACAGCCACAUAUUAUAUCCCAAAAACCUGCAUUUCAUCGUCAACCAUAUCACGUAGAUCAAACUCACUUAUCGUGUCAAGUUUCGCCAUUAAAUACAAAGCAACUUGGCAUUGCAACUAAAUCUUGUCAAUAUGAUUAUCCAAAGCAUGAGCCUAAUUAUGCGCCAAAAGUGGAUGCAACUAAUGCAAGCGUUAUAUAUAUUAGAGAUGUUGGAUGUCAAUUUAAAAACUCCUCCUUUACACCACCCCAUACGUCUUAUUACCAAACACGAGUUUGUUAUACAUCUAGCGCUUCCUUUGAUCCUGGGAGUAAACGUUUGGACAAUAUAUAUACCAAUCCCAAAGCUUUUACAUGCGAAACAUUGCCCAUUGAUGCGAAAUCGAAAGCAAAAUGCAAGUCAUCGACGAUUCUAUCAUCGUCUUCCUCUAGUGUCACAAUGACACGUGAUUUAUCUGUCAAGCCAUCCUCUAAGACCAACACUGCAGCAUUCUGCAUGUUGCGAAACGGCGAAGGGGGGUACGUGGUCCCAGUCAAGUCGAAAAGAAGUGCUCUCAAAGGUAAAUGUAAGAAUAAAUUUACUAUUCAGCGUCGGCAAAUAUCUAAAGUCUUGUCGAAUUUAUGGUGUAGAAAACAAGUGUAAUUU